AUGUUGCCUGCAGUGAAGAACAAACAGAUCCAUGCCUACGAUAACGCUCAAGGACAGCGUCGAGAUGCUUCCACGGGUGAGUCGACGGAGCUUCGCCAUAGGCUACUUGCAUUGCAAGAGACCAUUCAUUCAGGCUCUGACAUUGACGCUAAAUCUGAUGAUCCACAGAUGUGUGGACUUUAUGUCUCAGAUAUCUAUGAGUAUCUCCGUGAAUUGGAGGUAAAGCCAAAGCUAAGACCUUUACAUGACUACAUUGAAAAGGUUCAACAAGAUGUAACACCAAGCGCGAGAGGUGUUUUGGUAGACUGGUUAGUGGAAGUUGCUGCGAAGUACAACCUCGGGUCUGAAACACUCUAUCUCACUGUCUCACACAUUGAUAGAUUCUUUUCCUUAAAGACUGUCAACAUGCAAAGGCUUCAGCUAGUGGGUGUUUCUGCGAUGCUUAUUGCUUCGAAGUAUGAAGAGAGAAGUCGCCCUAAACUGGAAGAUUUUUGUUACAUUACGGCUAAUACUUAUACAAAACAAGAUGUGUUGAAGAUGGAAGAAGAUAUACUUCCUGCACUUCAGUUUGAAUUAGGAAGGCCUACGAUCUAUACUUUUCUAAGACGGUUCAUAAGGGUUGCGCAAGAAGAUUUCAAAGUGCCACACUUGCAGCUCGAGCCUCUUUGUUGCUAUCUAUCAGAACUGAGUAUGUUAGAUUAUAGUUGCGUGAGGUUUUUGCCAUCUAUGUUGGCUGCUUCUGCUGUCUUUCUCGCUCGAUUCAUCAUCCGUCCCAAACAACAACCUUGGAAUCAAAUGUUUGAAGAAUACACAAAGUACAAAGCAGCUGAUCUACAAGAGUGCGUUGGAAUCAUACAUGACUUGUAUCUGAGCAGAAGAGGAGGUGCUCUACAAGCUAUUAGAAAUAAAUACAAGCACCAAAAGUUCCAAUGCGUUGCGACCAUGCCGGUAUCACCAGAGCUGCCAGUGACCUUUUGGGAGGAUGUUACCAUUAGUUUGAUCUGA